AAUAUCGAUCGGAUAUGUUCCUGAACGCUGUUCCAGAACAGCUGAUUCGACAACAACAUAAACAUUAGGAGCCCUAAAUUAUCAUAGAAAAACAAUAUGUUAAGAGUUUCGCAAAAUCAAGUAUAUAGGACGAUCCUGUGUAUGCAACACAUAAGAUUUAUGCGGCAAACUCACUACGAUACGUUAAGACUUGCUCCCACUUGUACACCCAAAGAAAUUCGAGAAGCAUUCAUCAAACUGUCGAAAAAAUUACAUCCGGACGCUAACGUUAGUAAUUCUGAUCGGAAACCCAACGAAAAAGCGUUUGUGCAGCUCCUAGAGGCAUACAAAGUGCUGAGUAGAGAAGAGAGUAGAGCUAAUUAUGAUUUUGAACUAUCGCUUCGAAAACGCUCACCUGGACAACAUUCCCGCCCAUGGCAACCAAAUCCUUCCCACUAUCGGAAGCCUGACCCAGAUUCAUAUUAUGGAAUUAAAGGUGUUAGGAGAGUUAACAACUGGAUUAUUGUUCUUGGCUGCGGAAUAUUCAUGAUCAUUGGAGUUACGCUACAAGCUGUCGCUAUUGAUAGGUCGUUCACCUUUAGUCGGAAGCAACUGGAUGAAUCCUCUCGAAAAUAUGCGACCACACAUGCCGAGAUACGCGCUGAAGCAUAAAGUCGUGGCAACGAUGGUCAACUCGAGCAUAUGAUAGCGAGAAUAAACGAAAAAAUAAGAUAACGGCAGCGAUAGAAAAUUCAUAGGAUCAUGAUGUACAUAGUUAAAUUAUUUUUUUUCGGAGGUGCUAUGUAAUUGAUAGUAGAUUAUUUAUGAAAUGCAAAUAAAUAUACAGAUGGUAUAUUGUGAUAAACUUCA